CUUCUGCUGCCGCUCCUCAUCCUCGCCGUCCUCCUCCCCUUCUGCGGCCAGCCGCCCGGACUCGGGCGGGCUUGGCUCGAGCAGAUCUCACACCGCCUGCCCCGUCGGAGGUCGCCUGCGUUCCCAGGCGGACCGUCGGGGCCCUACCUUAACGUUUACUCGUGCCCCGGUCGGUGAGAUGAUGGCUCUUCGUAUCCUGCUGGCCGCCGCAAGCUUGCAGGCGCCGGCCGCAGCACUUCACGUGUCGCGCGGGCACGGGUCGGCGCUCGACAGGGGCUUCUACGUCGCGCACACCGAGACCGUGAAGGCGACGACGUUCGUAGACUUCGUGAGGAAGUACGAUCGCGCGUAUUCCGCCGGCACAGAGGAGUGGGCCUUGAGGGAGAAAGCCUUCAACGAGUCUAAGAGGGCGGCGCUGGCCUUCCUCGACGCCCCGAUGAGGUCAUGGGUCGUCGGGAUCACGCAGUUCUCCGACUUCACCCACGAAGAGCGCAUGGCCGUGCUGGGCUGGAAGGGCAGCUACAGGUCACCGAGCUCCAAGGACCUGCAGGACACGCCCUCGGCUUCGUGGCGCGAGUGGUCGCACCCCAAGGAGUUCUCCGUGGUCACGCCGGGCUUCGGGAGUCUCGGCGCUACCAUCCGCAACCAGGGCGGAUGCGGCAGCUGCUGGGCCCACGCGGCCACGUCCGUGCUCGAGGCCCACAUGGAGGCCAACGCCUCGAUCAUGAAGUACCUGCGCAAGCGUCUAGACAGCACUGGCAAGACCUCGUCAGACGAGAGCCUGUCAGUGAAGGCUGUCACGCACUGCACGGCUAACCCGCGAAAUUGCGGUGGCAAUGGCGGCUGCUCGGGCGCCACCACCGAGUUGGCGUUUGACAUGAUCCAGGAGUCGGGCAUCCCACUAGACGUCGAGCAGGAAUGGUCAGGAGAUGACCACGCAGUUAUGUGCAGAGAGUCGGCUCAGCACGAGACGCUAGUGAGCAUCACAGGCUAUGAGGUCCUGCCAUCGAACAAGCUGCACCCACUCAUCCAGGCCCUCUACGAGUCUGGUGGCCCUAUCGGCGUCUCGGUAGAUGCCACCACAUGGUUCGGGUACCAUGGAGGGGGGGCGGGCGGAUCUUGUCGGACGUGGGGGGCCCGAACACCCCGGGCAGAUUCACGAUCAACCACGCGGUCGUGCUCGUCGGCUACAAGAUGCCCGAGAGGGCUGACGACGGCAGCCUUGAUACAGGGUACUGGCACAUCAAGAACUCGUGGGGACCAGGUUGGGGCGAGGAUGGGUUCAUCCGAGUGGAGAUGAAGGAGAACGAGGAGGAGCAUUGUGGCAUGGACAAGAACACCCACGUCGGCCUCGCUUGCGACGGGGACCCCGACGAGGCUUGGGUUUGCGGCACUUGCGGCAUGUUGUACGACACGACGUACCCCACGGGCGUCUACUUGAAGCAUCCGCCCGCCCCUUGACCGGAUCAUUGUGGGCGCCGUGUAUUGAUGAGGCAGCCGAGCCUACCGCCACCUUUCGAAUCACGGUGUCUAAGCUCUGCUGUUCUUGGCACUGCCCUCGUGCCCGGCAGAAGCCGACCAGCCGAGUUCCUUCGGAAAACAAGUCGGUGCCAACGGACCACGGGUUUUGACCACGUCCACCGUUACCAUUAUGACGGUGAAGAGGGGACCUCAGGCCAUGCCGCUGCUCUUGGGCGCGGCCCUCCAGCGGCGUGCCCCGUGCGCGUCCGACUGGCUGAUGUCGCGCGGCGCGCCGCCCUCGCGGGGCCCUUGUGCUUUGCGCAGGCGCCGCGGCUGGGGGUCCCACCUCCGCCUCCUUUCACC